UGAAUCCACCACAGCAUGAAGAGAAUUGGAAUUCUUACCUGGUACUCAGUGGGAACCACGCGUUUCAGCGCUUUGAUUAUAGGGAAUGAUCCUGUCACAGGUCACAUCAUUUCCACCACAAUUGGAGGGAAAAAUGGGGAGCCCAAACAGACCAUCAGUUACAUGGCAGAGCGUGUUGUGGGUACCGGGUCAUUUGGAAUUGUUUUUCAGGCAAAAUGCUUGGAAACUGGAGAGACUGUGGCCAUAAAGAAGGUUUUGCAGGACAGAAGAUGUAAGAACCGUGAGCUGCAGUUAAUGCGCACGAUGGAUCAUCCAAAUGUCAUUUCCCUAAAACAUUGUUUCUUUUCUACUACAAGUAGAGAUGAACUUUUCCUCAACUUGGUAAUGGAAUAUGUCCCUGAGACUAUGUAUCGGGUCUUGAAGCACUACAGCAAUGCAAAACAGCGAAUGCCUCUUAUAUAUGUGAAACUUUACACUUACCAAAUUUUCAGGGGCCUGGCAUAUAUCCACAGUGUUCCUGGAGUUUGCCAUAGGGAUUUGAAGCCUCAAAAUCUUCUAGUUGAUCCACUUACUCACCAAGUUAAGCUUUGUGACUUUGGAAGUGCAAAAGUGCUAGUUAAAGGUGAAGCGAACAUAUCAUACAUAUGUUCUCGUUUCUACCGAGCACCUGAACUUAUAUUUGGGGCCACAGAGUAUACAACCUCAAUUGAUAUAUGGUCAGCUGGUUGUGUCCUAGCUGAGCUUCUUCUAGGCCAGCCAUUGUUUCCUGGAGAGAAUGCAGUGGACCAGCUUGUUGAGAUUAUCAAGGUUCUUGGUACACCAACGCGGGAAGAAAUUCGUUGUAUGAAUCCGAGUUAUACUGAUUUUAGGUUUCCACAGAUAAAAGCACACCCUUGGCACAAGGUCUUUCACAAACGAAUGCCUCCUGAAGCAAUUGAUCUUGCUUCUCGACUUCUGCAAUACUCACCAAGUCUUCGCUGCACAGCUCUAGAAGCAUGUGCACAUCCUUUCUUUGAUGAGCUCCGAGAACCCAAUGCCCGCCUGCCAAAUGGUCGUCCAUUACCACCUCUCUUCAAUUUUAAGCAGGAAUUAUCUGGGGCUUCUCCUGAGCUUGUUAAUAAGUUGAUACCGGAGCAUGUGAGGAGGCAAAUAGGCCUAAGUUUUUUCCACCCAGCAGGCACAUAAAUUUAUUUGUGAUGUUGAAUUGAUUUCUGCUAAUUGAUGAAUGAGCCACCAAGGGAUGUGCCAUCUGUGAACUGAAUCCCCUUUCUUUCC